GCAGCAGGCGUGAUCAGGGUCGAGGAUCAAACCCACGACCUGCUGCGUACCAGGCGAGGGAGUUAACAUCUCCCACGCCACCCUGCUGCCACGAGGUGGGGGUGUGACUGCUCCGUUUCGGGCUGAGCGGACCUUGAGGCGCGCAGCACCGCCAUGCCCGUGUGCCUGUGUGUUCUCAGCGGGCUGCCCGCUAGCGGCAAAAGCAGCCUGGCACGGGCACUGAGAGACCAGCUCCUGGGGCGGAGUCAGUCUGAUACUCGGUCUGGUACUCGGUCUGAUACUCGGUCUGAUACUCAGUCUGAUACUCGGACUGAUACUCGGUCUGAUACUCGGUCUGAUUCUCGGUCUGAUACUCGGUCUGAUACUCAGUUUGAUUCUCAGACUGAUACUCGGUCUGAUACUCGGUCUGAUACUCGGACUGAUACUCGGUCUGAUACUCGGUCUGAUACUCAGUUUGAUACUCGGUCUGAUACUCGGUCUGAUUCUCGGUCUGAUUCUCGGUCUGAUACUCGGUCUGAUACUCGGUCUGAUACUCGGUCUGAUUCUCGGUCUGGUAGUCGGUCUGAUACUCGGUCUGAUACUCGGUCUGAUACUCGGUCUGAUACUCGGUCUGAUUCUCAGACUGAUACUCGGUCUGAUACUCGGUCUGAUUCUCGGUCUGAUACUCAGUCUGAUUCUCAGACUGAUACUCGGUCUGAUACUCGGUCUGAUACUCGGUCUGAUACUCGGUCUGAUACUCGGACUGAUACUCGGUCUGAUUCUCAGUCUGAUUCUCGGUCUGAUACUCAGUUUGAUUCUCAGACUGAUACUCGGUCUGAUUCUCGGUCUGAUUCUCAGUCUGAUACUCAGUUUGAUUCUCAGUCUGAUACUCGGUCUGAUUCUCGGUCUGAUUCUCGGUCUGAUUCUCAGUCUGAUUCUCAGUCUGAUACUCGGUCGCAGUCCCGUACUGAGUACGAUUCCCCAACUCAGCUCCCAGGUCAGACGGAGACUCGGGCUCAGGCCCAGACUCGGUCUGACGCUCCCUCUCAGACCCGGUCCCUGAUUCAGCCUCCGCCUGGGACUCAAUCUGAGGCCCCAUCGCCGGCUCGGACCCCGUUCCUGUAUCGGCCCGAGGCUCGAUGUCGGUCCCCAGUGCAGUCGGAGACUCGGGCUGAGUCGCAGCCCCGGCGGGAGGCCGGGCCUCGCGCGCUGCGGGUGCUCCUCCUGGAGUACGAUGCCCUGAUGCCGCUCGGAAUCUUUGGGGCCGAGCGGACUCCGAGGGACCCCUCGGAGCCUCCGGAUCCCGGGGGGCCGGACCCUUGGGAGGCGUCAGCCGCCGGUCGCCGGGACGUUGAGCCGAGGGGCCGGGAGAUUGGGAAGGGAGGCCGGGAGAUUGUCAGUAGGAGGGGUGACGUUGAGAAGGGAGGCCGGGAGAUUGACAGCAGGAAGGAGGACGUUGAGGCUAGAAGCCAGGAGAUUGUCAGUAGGAGGGGUGACGUUGAGAAGAGAGGCCAGGAGAUUGAGAAGGGAGGCCGGGAGAUUGUCAGUAGGAAGGGGGACGUUGAGGCUAGAAGCCAGGCGAUUGAGAAUGGAGGCCGGGAGAUUGUCAGUAGGAAGGAGGACGUUGAGGCUAGAAGCCAGGAGAUUGAGAAUGGAGGCCGGGAGAUUGUCAGUAGGAAGGGGGACGUUGAGGCUAGAAGCCAGGAGAUUGAGAAUGGAGGCCGGGAGAUUGUCAGUAGGAAGGGGGAGGUUGAGGUCAGAAGCCAGGAGAUUGACAGUAGGAAGGGGGACGUUGAAUGGAGAAGCCAGGAGAUUGAGAAGAGAAACCAGGAGAUUGUCAGUAGGAAGGGGGACGUUGAGGCUAGAAGCCAGGAGAUUGACAGCAGGAAGGGCGACGUUGAGGCUAGAAGCCAGGAGAUUGAGAAGGGAGGCCGGGAGAUUGUCAGUAGGAAGGGGGACGUUGAGAAGGGAGGCCAGGAGAUUGAGAAGAGAAGCCAGGAGAUUGACAGCAGGAAGGGGGACGUUGAGGCUAGAAGCCAGGAGAUUGACAUUAGGAAGGGCGACGUUGAAUGGAGAAGCCAGGAGAUUGAGAAGAGAAGCCGGGAGAUUGUCAGUAGGAGGGGGGACGUUGAGAAGGGAGGCCAGGAGAUUGAGAAGAGAAGCCAGGAGAUUGACAGCAGGAAGGGCGACGUUGAGGCUAGAAGCCAGGAGAUUGAGAAGGGAGGCCGGGAGAUUGUCAGUAGGAAGGGGGACGUUGAGGUCAGAAGCCAGGAGAUUGAGAAUGGAGGCCAGGAGAUUGACAGUAGGAAGGGUGACGUUGAGAACAGGAGCCAGGAGAUUGUCAGUAGGAAGGGCGACGUUGAGAACAGGAGCCAGGAGAUUGAGAAUGGAGGCCAGGAGACUGACAACAGAGCUCAGUACCCCGGCAAUAUCACGGAGGAGGUCAAGGACGGCCGCGCGGACACCGUGAGCGGACACGGGGAGAUGGACGGGGGCGUUGAGCGGAGGCCCCAGGACGUGGUGAACGUCCCAGGUGGCUUCCAGAGUGACCGCGGGGACGCCGAAGGGACGGGAGUCCGGGACUUCGACCGGAGCGGCGGCGACGUGAGGGGCUCGGAGGACGGAGAGCGGCGCUGGAAGACUCUCAGGCGGACGGUGCUGGCGUGCCUGCGGCUGUGGCUGGCGCGGCCCCACAGCCUGUCCAUGCCCCCUAAGUGGCGUGGUGGUGACGAGGAGUUGGUGUGGGAGGCGUUCCUUCACCAGCUGCAAGCACAGGGGUUCGGAAUACCUGGCACGGAGUCUGGGAUUCCGGAGUUUGAAACCCCAGGAACGGAGUGUGCAACACCGCGAGUGGUGUCUGAAACACGAGGAAUGGACUGCGCUCAGACUCCCGGAAUGGAUUCCACUCAGACUCCCGGAAUGGAUUCCCAGACUCCCGGAAUGGACUCCACCCAGACUCCCGGAAUGGAUUCCCAGACUCCUGGAAUGGACUCCAAUCAGACUCCCGGAAUGGACUCCACCCAGACUCCCGGAAUGGACUCCUCACAGACUCCCGGAAUGGACUCCACUCAGACUCCCGGAAUGGACUCCUCACAGACUCCCGGAAUGGACUCGUCCCAGACUCCCGGAAUGGACUCCACUCAGACUCCCGGAAUGGACUCCUCACAGACUCCCGGAAUGGAUUCCCAGACUCCCGGAAUUGACUCCACUCAGACUCCCAGAAUGGACUCGUCCCAGACUCCCGGAAUGGACUCCACUCAGACUCCCGGAAUGGACUCCACUCAGACUCCCGGAAUGGACUCCUCACAGACUCCCGGAAUGGAUUCCCAGACUCCCGGAAUGGACUCCACUCAGACUCCCGGAAUGGACUCGUCCCAGACUCCCGGAAUGGACUCCACUCAGACUCCCGGAAUGGACUCCACUCAGACCCCCGGAAUGGACUCCUCACAGACUCCCGGAAUGGACUCCUCCCAGACACCCGGAAUGGACUCCACCCAGACUCCUGGAAUGGACUCCCCCCAGACCCCCGGAAUGGACUCCUCACAGACACCCGGAGUAGACUGCACUCAGACUCCCGGAAUGGAUUCCCAGACUCCCGGAAUGGACUCCACCCAGACUCCCGGAAUGGAUUCCCAGACUCCCGGAAUGGACUCCUCACAGACACCCGGAGUGGACUGCACUCAGACUCCCGGAAUGGAUUCCCAGACUCCCGGAAUGGACUCCACCCAGACCCCCAAAACGGACUCCCCCCAGACCCCCGGAAUGGACUCCCCCCAGACUCCCGGAAUGGAUUCCCAGACUCCCGGAAUGGAUUCCCAGACUCCCGGAAUGGACUCCUCACAGACUCCUGGAAUGGACUCCACUCAGACUCCCGGAAUGGACUCCACCCAGACACCCGGAGUGGACUCCACUCAGACUCCCGGAAUGGACUCCUCACAGACCCCCGGAAUGGACUCCCCCCAGACACCCGGCACGGACUCUGUGACGUCGGCGAAUGGGAGCAGAGCGGCCGAGGUGGAGUCUGAGGCGCUCGGACCGGAGUCUCGCCCGUUGGCAACGCUUGGAGACGAGACCGGAGCGGAUUCGCCCCACGCCGGAUCGGAGCCGUGCCCUGGGGGUUCAGGAGCGUCCCCGGUGGGGGUGAAACCACCCGGAGCGGCGGGGAAAUCCGUUCCGGGUUUCCCUGUGGCGGGGGCAGCAGCCGGAGGCGAGGGCGGCGGUGGCUGCUGCCACGCGGCCCCCGACAUUGUGAUCCUGCUCGAUGACAACUUCUACUACCGGAGCAUGCGCUAUGAGGUCCUGCAGCUGGCGAGGGCUGCGUCUGCCGGCUUCUGCCAUGUCCACGUUCCGUGCCCCCCGCCGCUGUGCCUGGAGAGGAACGGUCGGCGUCCCAACCCGGUGCCCAGCGGCGUCAUCGCGGCCAUGGCCUCCCGCAUGGAGCCCCCCACCGCCACCGCCUCGCCACCCCCCCUCACCGGCGGGGGGGGAGGGGGGGAGAAGCGGGGGGCGACCCCCCACGGCUGGGAGGGACGGAGCCACGUGGUGCGGUCGCCGGGCAAGCGAGGGGAGGGGGAGAUAGAUGCCAUUUGUCAGAUGAUCGAAGACGCUCUGAAUCACCCCGAACAACCAGCUCAGGAGCCAGACCCAGAGGCAAAGGCCCAGGCACGUGCUGUCUGCUGGCUGAGUGUCUCUCACCGCGUGGACUCGGUGCUCCGUCGCUCCGUCUCCCGUGCCAUGAGGCAGCUCCCAGCGUCUCUGUCUCGGGCUCAGCGCCGCUCUCUCGCUGAGCGGCUCAACUCACUCAGAACCACGAUCCUCAGAAGAGGAAGAGGAGGAGGAAGAGUUGGUGGUAGUGAUGGUGGUGAUGGUGGUGAUGGUGAUGGUGGUGAUGGUGGUGAGACCUGGGAGUCGGCCGAGGCAGCGGCAGAGGCUGCUGAGCGAGAGUUUGACUCCAGGCUCAGGAGCCUCCUGAAGCAACUCUGAUGAGUUCCCCUUUCAGGAGUUCAAGACGAUUCUGUGUGGCCCGGAGAUAACUCGCGAGGCCAGGAGUACGUGAGUGAGUGGGUGAGUGAGUGAGUGGGUGAUUGAGUGAGUGGGUGAGUGAGUGGGUGGGUAGGUGAG